AUGAGGCGGGCGUGGGCGUGGGCGUGGGCGUGGGCGCUGGCGUGGCUGGCGGCGGGCGCCGCGGGCGAGGCGGUGGUGUCGCGCGGCUGGCGCCCCACGCUGGGCCUGGACGCCUUCAAGCCCUUCGUGGGCGGCGACGCCGAGGGCGUGCCCACGGCGCUGGCCGCCGCCUCCGGCGCCACCGACCAGUGCGCGCUCUACAAGGUCGCCUUCAACCAGGAGCUCUACUUCCAGUACGUGCAGUACAAGGCCGACCUGCCCGACAUCCUGCAGUUCACGCUCUGCGCCUGGACCAAGUUCUCCAACAACAGCAACGACCACCCCAUCUUCUCCUACGCAGUGCCUGACCAGCCCCGCGCCAUCUUCUCGUGGGUGGCCAACACGCAGCGCGCCAGCUACCUGAGCAUGGCCGUCAACGGGCACACCUUCUACCGCCUCAACUACCCGUUCCGCCUGCACCGCUGGUACCACUCGUGCCAGUCGUGGAACGGCAAGACGGGCGAGUGGCAGGCGUGGGUGAACGCGGAGCGCGUCGGCCGCGGCUUCCACAACAGGCUGGUGGGGCACGUGAUCCCGGGCGGCGGCGUGGCGCUGUCGGGCCAGGAGCAGCGCCAGCCAGGCGGCGGCUUCCUCGAGGGCCCGGGCGCGCCGCGCGGCGCGGGCGGGAUGCUGGGCGAGCUCACGCUGCUGCACCUGUACGCGGCGGCGCUGGCGCCGGGCAAGGCGCACCGCGACCACAAGCACCACCACGGCAACCACUACGAGACCAACCCCAAGAACGGCGUCAGCCCCAACGCGCCGCCGCUGCCCUCGGUGGGCUCCACGCUGGCGCCCGUGCCGCAGUUCAUGUCGCCCUUCCUGGUGGGCGGGCAGCUGGCGCCCUCGGGCCACCACGUGGCCGCGCAGCUGGCCGGCCUCACGCGGCCCCGCUGCCCGCAAGCCUCACCCGCGCGCGCGUGCGUGCCGCAGGGCUACCGCGGAGGCCUGCCGCUGCCGGCCGCCGCGCCCACCCCCGCCACCGCCGCCGCCACCAUCUCGCUCUUCCCCGCCGGCCUGGCGCAGCACCAGCUCUUCAAGCGCCAGCAGAGCGCGCCCGCCGACGAGGGCGAGGGCGACGGCGACGGCGAGGGCGCCGCCGGAGGCAAGAGCAAGCGGCAAGUGUCACAGCUGAAACGCAAUGGGCGCCAGACACGUAACCACCAGUUGCAGCGUACAUGA